UGUCAAAUGACAGAAAGUCAUGCUUUUACAGAAAACUGUCACGCGGCGAACUAAAUUUUCAGUCACUUUGUUCUUGAAAAAUCACACAUUUGUUGCUCAAUUUAGUACAAAUGUUGACUUAAGUGUCCCACGUUAUGAAAUUAUUUUUUUGUAUUCGUUUUACAAUUUGUCGAUUACAGGUCACUGUUUUGCUGCUGUCACCUGUCAAUUUUCUAGGUUAUGUUUUGAUAGCCCCCAGAAUGACGUCCCUACGCUCGCAAAUGCGUUACAUGAACCCCUACGACAUACACAAGGCCAUUAUCAACGAAUACGUGCUUAACCGGCCCGGUGACACCCAAUUAUUACAACGCGAUGCCUCAAAAGACCGCACUGACAUUGAUGUCCUUAAAGCCAACCACCGGUUCCUYUGGGACGACUCAGCCCCCGAUACAUGGGAAGCUCAAUUUGCCAAAAAGUACUACGACAAGCUUUUCAAAGAGUAUUGCAUCGCAGAUCUCACUUAUUACAAGGAAAAUAAGAUUGCCCUGCGGUGGCGAAUCGAGCAAGAGGUGAUUGUGGGCAAGGGCCAGUUUAGUUGUGGGAAUAAAAAAUGUGACGAGAGAGAGAAUUUGAGGACUUGGGAGGUGAAUUUUGCUUAUAGGGAGCAAGGAGAGAAGAAGAAUGCGUUAGUGAAGAUUAGGCUGUGUCCCGAUUGUUCCCUCAAAUUGAACUUCAGGAGCAAAAAAKGCGAAGUUAAACGACUGAAGAAGAAGAAGAAAGUGAAGAAACGGGAGAAGAGCGAAGAGCGGGUGGAGGAGGGCGAGACAAGUCAUUCGGAGCCCCAGGAGACAAGUGACUCGCCUUGGGAUCACCACAAACCGGAAGAAAUUAAGACACGGGAGGAAGAAAUGGAAGAUUAUCUUCAAGAUUUGCUUUUGUAACAAAGAUUUCAGCUUUUUUAUUGUUUUUAUUUGUAUUUGUGACCAAAGCACAAUAAAUAAACACAAAACUAUACAAAUAA